AUGCGGCCUGAGGGAUUUAAAAAUGCAUCCGCUGUGCGCACGGCCUCCAUCCAAGUACGGCUAUUGAUUUCCUUGCCUACAGAGAGAAGGUGGAUAUCUCUUAUGAUGCCAAUUUCAGGAUCCAAUGAGAGUAUGUCUGCGGGUGAUGAUUGCGUGAUUCAGAGGGACCAUUGCAGAGAGCUGCUUGUCUUUUGGUGCUUUGACGUGAAUCAUGUCAGCCAUGGGGAAGCGUUUAUGUCUUUUGGUGGUGUCAACCUUUAUUGUGUCUCGGGUGGUUGGUUACCAAGCAACGGGCGAUUUCUCUGGAGAAUGUCAGCCAAUGAACGUCUUUUAUGA